GAGGAAAGAUCCAUUUUGUGUAGAAACAAGUGAUUUCCAGAGGAAAGCCUCAAUGACAGAACUGUCUGCACACUUACCCCAGUUUCAGCAUGGGCAGCUGACAGAAAACUUCCCUGAUAACCACCUCAGCAACACCGUGUUACUGACUUUUUAGCUUCAGAAUUUUCACUUUUAACUAUGUCUGAGGAAAGUGAAGAGUCUGUUCCUUUGCUUCCACUUCAGCAAGAGUCCAUGGCCUCUGCUCUCUUUAAUACUGAUCAGAAUGACAACAGUGAAAGACGGCGCCAUGAUAACAGUGAGCGCAGAAGAAAUGACAAUCCUGGGUCUGAAACCAACGGGCAGCCACAGAACAACAUUCAGCAAGUGGUGGAAGAUGAAGAAGAAGAUGAGGAGCUGACACUAAAAUAUGGGGCAAAACAUGUGAUUAUGUUGUUUGUACCUGUCACACUUUGCAUGGUGGUCGUUGUUGCAACCAUCAAGUCUGUCAGCUUUUACACACGCAAGGAUGGACAGCUCAUCUACACUCCCUUCACAGAAGAGACAGAGACAAUUGGACAACGGGCUCUGAAUUCAAUUCUCAAUGCUGCUAUCAUGAUCAGUGUCAUCAUUGUCAUGACCAUACUCCUGGUUGUACUUUACAAAUACAGGUGCUACAAGGUGAUCCAUGGUUGGCUUAUCAUUUCUUCUCUUUUGCUGCUCUUCUUUUUUUCAUUCAUCUACCUGGGUGAGGUUUUUAAGACGUAUAAUGUUGCCAUGGACUACAUUACGGUGGCGCUCAUGAUCUGGAACUUUGGUGUUGUGGGAAUGAUCUGUAUUCAUUGGAAGGGCCCACUCCGGCUCCAGCAGGCAUAUCUCAUUAUGAUAAGCGCUCUCAUGGCGUUGGUGUUCAUUAAGUAUCUUCCUGAAUGGACUGCAUGGCUUAUCCUGGCUGUCAUUUCAGUGUAUGAUUUGGUUGCUGUCUUAUGUCCUAAAGGUCCUCUUCGUAUGCUAGUUGAAACAGCUCAAGAGAGAAAUGAAACGCUCUUUCCAGCACUUAUUUACUCCUCAACAAUGGUAUGGCUAGUGAACAUGGCUGAGGAAGAUCCAGAAGCCCAAAGGAAAGCUUCUAAGAACUCCGCCUAUGAUAAACAAGCAAACCAGACUCAGAAUGAAGAUGCUGAACCAGAUGAUGGUGGCUUUAGUCAAGAAUGGCAGCAACAGAGAGACAAUAGAAUAGGACCCAUUGAAUCAACGCCUGAAUCACGAGCUGCUGUUCAGGCUUUACCCAGUAACUCUCAAACCAGUGAAGACCCUGAAGAAAGAGGAGUAAAACUUGGUUUAGGAGACUUCAUUUUCUACAGUGUCCUGGUUGGCAAAGCCUCAGCAACAGCAAGUGGGGACUGGAAUACAACUUUAGCAUGUUUUGUAGCCAUAUUAAUUGGUCUGUGCCUUACACUUCUGCUUCUUGCCAUCUUUAAGAAGGCCUUACCAGCUCUUCCAAUCUCCAUAACUUUUGGGCUAGUUUUUUACUUUGCUACAGAUAACUUGGUGCAGCCCUUUAUGGACCAGCUAGCAUUCCAUCAGUUUUAUAUCUAGCACACUUGAUGCUCACAUUCUAUGGAUAUUUGUAUUUGUAGCAAAUCUGGGAGGAGGAAAUAUUUUUUCCCUCAGUUCUCAAGUGAAUCUGAAGCUUAAUACUCAAGAUUCCAAGCCUGAAUCAUUACAGCUUCCUCCAUUUUUUUUUUCUGAGACAACCGUUGCACUGGGCACCAUAUGAAUUUUCCUGUUCGAAAGUGGUUUCUUCCUGAUGGCUGGUCUAAAUUGUGUGCUGUUACAUCAGAGGUAAUCUGAUACACAUAUCUCUGGUAAGGACCGCCUGUGUGAAAAUUGCUAAUGCUUCCACCAGCAAUGUGAUCCCUUAGCACAGGUUAUUUUGAAGCAUUAAGGGUGCUCAGGAUUUCCUUCAUGUUGACGGAGGAAGCUGACAAAUGAAAUGGAACUUGUCCCUGUAAGCCAUUUGAAGAGAGAGAACCCGAUUCAAACUUCUCCAACGGUGAUUCUUUUGACAGCUGAAUACGACUGUGCUUUGUGUAAGGAAAAAGGACUUUGUAGCAAUUCAACAAAGGGAGAAAGUACUGUCACUCUUACAGAGUGCUGCACCACUUCAUAGCCUCUGUGCCUGAGUGUGCUUGGUUUAGUCAGUUUAAAAGCUUUUUUUUUUCCACACUGGAACUAGAACCUCUUCUGAAUUUUAAUACUUGGUAUUUUCAAGCAUGGAGUGCAGCUUCUGUGCACCUAUUCCAGUUUAUGUAGCUACUUAGACUUGGACUGAAUUACAUGGCAUAAGGGAUCAUGAAGUCCCAAUUCGGACCUAAGAUUCUAAAAGGUUGGUAAACUACACUAAAAGGCAGUUUUAGGACUUACUGUUUGUGCUCUUGCAAAUGGUUUUGUUAGAACACCACUUCAAACGCUGCAUUUGAGAACAGCCACUAACAGCAUAGACUGCAUUAUUACUAUAUUCAUUUUGUUGAAGUUUUCAUGAAAUAAGUAGACAUUCACAACAGUCCCAGACGGAUUUUAGCCUGCCAGAUCUAGAGGCCGAAGUACUAUUAGUAGCACUUGUAAUAUUUCAUUGAAAUUUUUCUCUUCAAAAAUUUGCUUUUCAGUUUUGUUGACCUGAAGUGUUGGUCUUUCAACCAUCUAAGACCCAGGUUGGGCAGUUUUUUGUUUUUUUUUUUUUGGUAUGGCUACUGAAGUUAGGUGAGAUAUUACUAAUGUUACAAAGGAAAAAGAUCUGUGGCCUGCUUCAAUUUAAUUACCUCUCCUGUGAGGAACAGAAGACUGGAGAAAUGAAAGAAACUCAAAAUCACUGAAAAGAAGAAACAAGAUCUUGAACUUCUUUCUUACAAGAUAAAGAAUUGAUUCUAACCCUCAAACUGCUAAACUCUAUUUUGUUCUUCAUCUGAAAGAACUUAUUUAUGCAUAAUUGCUUGGAAAUGAGAUAUGUAUGAGAUUACAUUGUUUUUGCUGUAGGCUCUUAACUCUGUACAAGUGUUUUCUGAGGGAAGCAUAGGGAGUGGAUACUCUUGAUGGGCAUUCCAUUUUACUUGCAUCUUGGUACUGGAGUCCUUGCCGAGUAGGACAACUGUCAAAAUCCCGACACAAACUCUUUUUCCCCUUUUUUCUGUGCCUAUAGAUUCAAAGGACUGAGACACCGCAGAUGCUCACCAACCAUUGCCCAUGUAAGGGAAGAAAGACUGUGAUGUAUAAAUCUGUUUUAAAACCAAGAAAGGUUUGCUUUCUUCGAUUGUCCUUGACAAAAACAUCUGUCUCUUUCAGUAUGAGUUGCUAACUGUAAUGUUAGCACUUAUGUUUGCAUAAAAUAUAUUGUCUUCUCCUCUAAAGUACUUUUAUUCAUCUCAUUUGUGUGCUUAUUCAUCAUGGAUAGCAUUAAUAAAGUAACCAUAUCAAAAUUCCUUACACUGACUUUUCAAAGCAAACUUGCUUGUGUUUUCUAGCUUAAAUCACCAUUCCAUGUUCUGCUGAAAUGAAGCCUGACUUAAAACAGGCUUUUUUUUUUCCACUUACUGAAACUCUGAGGUUUUUUAUACUAUUGUAAUUUGUUCCUUUCCUGAGCAUUUUAUCUAAGAAAAUUUCCCUUGUAUGUUUUACUGGGGAUCCUAACUAAUUUUAUUGUAUAGAAUAGGUUUGCUAAGAGUCAAUGCCACUAGCAUCUGCGUAUCUGAGACAAGUCUCAGUUAAGAGUUGUUGAAAUGCAGCAGUUGUCUUCAUUGUUUGUUUUUAUGGCUUAAAUAUGUACCAUUGGAGUAUUGACUCUAGUAAGAGUUGCUUUAGAAUCCACAGAAGUAUGCAAAGGCCUUCCCACAUACUUGAAUGGGAGAUAGAUGUACAACCCAAGGAAGAGCUCAGACUCUUCAAACGCUAAAUUACAGUCUUCCUCUCCCUAGGACUGUUUUCCUAUCCUGAAGGUUUAAUUUCUGAGGUAGUGUGACAUUACAGUGCUGGAGACUAGAAAAUGUCUUUUUCAGAAACUGUUGUUCAAGUUUAUGCAUUUGAAUUUCAAACUGAAAAGGGAAAUCUGCUUUUCAAGCCAAGGCCAGUGUAUGUUACAGUACACUGCUUAUUAGCAAGUCUUAUGUACACCAUCAAAAACGGUUGACAUUUUUGUCCUCUUAUGCUGAGUCCUGGUACCUUGUGUUCCAAAUGAGAUCUUGCAACUAACGAUCAUCUCAAGUACUUGGGUCCAUAAGGUGCAGUUAAGAAAAGUGAUUGCAUUUGGAUUGUUUCUACAUAAGCGUGAAGGUUGUACAACUUCUCUCUCCUUUGUCUUAAAACACCAAUCUAAUUUGAGGUUGUGAACCAUUUCAACUUGGUUAGCUAGGUUUAAAUGAAAGAGUUCCAAUAUAUGUAGUCUGCAUUUUUUGAGAGUUGUUCGCUAUUAUUAAAUUAGUAUGUUGAUGACAGCACAUUAGGCUGUAGCCCUCAGUGAACUAUUGCGUAGCCCCAGUGGCUAGAUUCAUCUCUUGUGCCCCAGGUAGACUAACUGGUAACUGUUGUGUGACUUCUUUCAGUAGUCAUACUUUGAAACUUGGUAUCUUGAUAGCUUUCUCUCCCCUUUCAGCUUAAAUUAAUGAUUAGUCUCCUUUAGCUGCGCUUCUGCAAAUAAUAAAAAAAAACACAUAGUACUGAGUUACAGAUUUGACGAAAAAAAACAAACAAUCACUUUCAUUUCUCCUUUUUUAGUGUUGAGGAUUUAAUACAGGAAAAAAAACAAGAGAUCCCCAGAAACUGUUCCUGGUAGCAAAGGUGUAUGACACUGUCAUAUCUAUGUAUGGCUAUUAAGGUGGCACUCAAAUUCAAGUGUGAUCAAUGUGAGGUGAGUCUUGAAGGUACGCACUUGUAUAUUGCAACACAUUCAGAAAAUUUCUGACUAGGCAGAUAAUUUUUCCUAUGAACCAAAUAUUCAAGGGCUGUGCUCCACUAAAAAUGGCUGAUCUCCUCAAGGUACAAAGCAGACUCUGGCUUUUUCAGGCAUAGGAGACUGGUGCUUCUUGGACAUAUAGAUAUGUACCUGUACUUAUAUAUACUGUAUGCACUCUGGACCUUUAGAUAACAACUGUUCUGCCAUUACUGCAGUGAAGAAUUAAGUAUUCUGGAGUAUAUUUUGGGUGGAUGGAACUGUAUGAAGACACUUCUCAAAAUGCUUUAUUUAAAAAAGAGUAUUACUUUUGGCAGUGAUGCUAUUGGAAAUGAGUAUAAAAGACUGUGGAACAUGUCUGCACUGUGAUUGCAUCUCAGUGGUAACGUAGUCAUUGGGAGCGCUGAAACAUGAACUAGAAUGGAAUUCUUUUACACUCAAAGCAUUUGCAGUUUUCAUUUUUACAAACACUGGUUUGUACAUAAUCUGAAUUGAAUGUGAAUGUUUUUUAAACACCUUUCCGGUUCUUGAUAAGAUACAUUUUUGAUAGAUUAUUGCAAAAUUUCCUGUAUUUGUCUAAUUAUUAAAAUAAAAAUUGCAUGGAUCUUGA